CCAUCCGGGGCUACCUGAUAUCCAUCCCCGGGUUGGAUUUCACAGCCGUCUCCACAAGGCCGCCCGUGACCAGUGGCUGAACGGGCAAGCCGGAGUGGCUCAGGAAACCUCACAGAGUGGGCUGGCUUAUCAACCUCAGGACUUCCUUUGGGCUUCUUUUGAUGAUGAAGAAAGAAAACAGUUUUGCUUUUAACUAUGACUUCUCAGGAAGAGGCUCAAGGGGCAAACCCCACUACUGGAAGUCUUGAAAUCAUCUCUAUUACAGAAGAUGGACCGCCAGUACCAGAAAUUCAGUUCUCCUUCAAAAGAUUUUUCAGCAUACAAGUGAGAGUUGAUCCCAGUGCAGAUGGAUCUGGAGAUAUUGAACCACCUUCGAUGUGCCAAGUGUUAAUCUCCCCCAAAUACCUUCCAUAUGUCUGUGCUUUAUUCUUCGUAGUAAUCCUAGCAGUUGCCACUGGUCUGGGUGUCCAGUACAACUGCAUUGGGAAGUUUCGCUGCCGAUCAUCCUUCAAGUGUAUUCAGAAAUCAGCCAGGUGCAAUGGUGUCUUCAACUGUAAAGAAGGGGAAGAUGAGUAUGGAUGUGUCAGGCUGAGUGGCAAGAGAGCUGUGCUGCAGGUGUUCACCUCAGGAUCCUGGCGAACAGUCUGUUCUGAUGACUGGAAGACAGAGUAUGGAAAUACUACCUGUAAACACCUGGGUUUCUCAAGUUAUGUGAGUUCAGGUUACCUGCCUGUGGCUGCUGUUGAAAAACAGUUUCAAAGACAUUUUGUAUCCCUCAGCCAUUGGUUAUCAGUGGAUCAAGUGACAUCCCUGCACAACGCAACCAACUUGAGGGAAGAAUGCACUUCUGGCAAUGUAAUCAUCUUAAAGUGUUUGGCAUGCGGGAUGCGGGCCAGCUAUGGGCCACGGAUUGUGGGAGGCAAUGCAUCCUUGCCCCAGCAGUGGCCUUGGCAGGUCAGCCUGCAGUUCCAUGGGCACCACCUCUGCGGAGGGUCUGUCAUCACCCCACGUUGGAUCAUCACAGCUGCACACUGUGUCUACGACUUGUACUUACCGAGCUCAUGGAGUGUGCAAGUUGGCUUUGUGACUCAGCAAGAUACCCAGGUUCACACGUAUUCAGUGGAAAAGAUUAUAUACCAUCGAAAUUAUAAGCCAAAGACCAUGGGAAAUGAUAUAGCACUGAUGAAACUGGCAGCACCGCUUGCUUUCAAUGGUCACAUAGAGCCAAUUUGUCUGCCUAAUUUUGGUGAACAGUUCCCAGAAGGAAAAAUGUGUUGGGUAUCAGGAUGGGGAGCAACUGUUGAAGGAGGUGACACAUCCGAAACCAUGAAUUACGCAGGUGUUCCCUUGAUUUCUAAUAGAAUUUGCAAUCACAGGGAUGUCUAUGGUGGGAUCAUAACCUCUUCAAUGCUUUGUGCCGGUUUCCUAAAGGGAGGGGUGGACACCUGCCAGGGAGACAGUGGCGGCCCUUUGGCAUGUGAAGAUAUGAGUAUCUGGAAGUUGGUGGGAACCACCAGCUUUGGAGUGGGCUGUGCAGAAGCGAACAAGCCUGGUGUCUACAGCCGAACUACCUCCUUCCUGGGCUGGAUACACGAGCAGAUGGAGAGAGAAGAGUUGCAGACCUGAAGGGCACGUUGACUCACUGGGCUUUUGGACAUCCAUGCCCCCCACUGAAGGACCUACCACACUCUUCUGGACACCUGCUCUGAGCUCUGUACAUUCAUGGACUACUUUUAACCAUUUGUUUUUGGGACUGGUAACUGUAAUUAAGGAAAACUGAUGCACAGUUAGCCUCUUUUGGAUGGAUGAGGCAGUUUCGUUCUGGCUGGUGGGCAUGUGCAUUCACUGUCAGCUAGUAAUUUCACACAUGAAAAAAAGUGCUAAAACUGAUAAGCCAGAAAGCUGCAAUAACAUUUUGCAGGCACCAUGCGUACAAGUCUACAGGAACUUCAGAUCAAGUUGCUUGCUACUAUUUUGAUAUUUCCCUUCCAAGAAUCAAGCUACAAAAAUACUUUUUUCGUGAAAAUAUCCACACAUAAGGCCCAAGCUCUGUUACACAGGUACCAGCAACUUUCAUUAUAGCCAUAAAGCAAAUAGGAAGCAAGCAGCUGGCAGUUUUGGCACACAUUGGGCAAGUAUGUUCAACUCUUGUUAGAAAAAAAAUCACAGGAUUCAAGUCUUAUGUCAUGUGGAUGUGAGCAUAAUCCCUUAAUCUUAAGUGUCUUGUUGCUGUAAAUGGCUUGGAAAUGAGCAAUAUACAGACUGUAACUACUGAAAAAUUCUGAGAUCACGGAACAGUCUUAGAGAAAAGAGGAGCUGAAGUGCUGCUGUGGUUUCCUGUUUUACAAGCCAUUUUAAUACAACAACGUCUUGUUAUGUUGAAAAAUGCCUCAUCCUUUUUUACUUGUUCUUCGUUAAAAUCCUGGGACGUAAGUUAUCAAUAUUAGAGUUGGGUUCUAGGGCUAGGUAGGCUGAAUAACACAUAAUGUUGUCAGAGAUUUUCAGUACCAGCCAAAAUUGAUCUUAUCAGGUGAUCACAUGCUGCUGAUCUGCUUGAUAUGUGGUUUUGGAGGCAGUUUUGUUUGCCUGUAAAUCAGUAUCUGCAUCACAAAUGCCACGCUUCACAGCUGCAAGAAAGCACUGGUGAAAUGAGAACUGCUUUCUUGCUGCAACACAUUGGGUGUAAAUUGAGAGUGAACAGUAAACCAGCAUGAACUGGCAACCUCCCCACUGCGGGAGACACUCAGUUUAUACCCGGAGGUCACUACACUGGUACCGUUCUCCAUGGCUAAAGGAACUGCAGUGCAUGAGGAAUAAUAGUUCAAGGGACAUCAUGUUGGAAGCAAGAGGGAAGUACCAUUGCAAAUCUGACACAAAAGUCGGAAUAAAAUGGGAAAUUUCAACUUGAAAGAACUCUGACAGAAUUAAAAUGAAAUAUGUUGAACCGUUGUGUAACGAAUAGGUUUUCAGAAGUGUUUUAAUGCUCACUGUUUGUUUUCAUAACACUUUCACUGCCACAGUAUGGCUCAUAUAUGAUAUUGUCAGCAGUCUGGAGAUGAGGGGAUUUCUCUCAGCUCAUAGAUUAGUUAUUUCUGAAAAUACCCCUGAAAAAUCCUUUUGAAUCAUUCUAUUUCCAUAAAAAGACUGCUCGGUAAAUAUCUAUUGUGCCCUGCUUUAUAUUUUAGAGAAGUCCAGUGUAAACCAUGGAGAAGUCUUCCAGACAAGAAGGCACAUUAUCCUCUAAAUCAAUGAUCAUCAAUGAUGGAUGCCCAAGAUCUCAGAGCUUCAGAUCUUUAUUUGUCAUGGCCCUUGCCAUGGUGUCUUAGGUAGAGGAAGAAUGUAACCACAAGAGUCAAUCCAAAAAGCUGGAUUUUCCUACCCCAACCUACGCCAUUAAUAAGAAUGCCAGAGGUUUAAAAAUAACUUUAAUCACAGUACUAACACAUUUCUUUGUGCUAAGCCAGGUGAAGAUACAUGGAGGUUUAGAACGUUUACUGUGGGAAGAGUUUUGUUACAGAGAUGGCCAUUUUCAUCUCUCUUUUAUUUAAAGAGAGGUGGGAUCGAUGAGGUGGUCUCUACGGAAUGAACCAAUAGACAAUAAAGUA